AUGAUAAGAGCUCAAUUCAGAAAAGUGAAAGAUGCGGUGGAAAACAACCUUGAUAAGGCAGCUACAAAGGUAAACAAUGAAGUCAGUUCAAUCUUCAAUUUGUGUUUUCAGACUGGUCUAACUUUGCACAGAAACGAGCCAUUGAAGCAAAUCAACAAUGCAAAGAAGUCUCAAAUCGAGAAACCGGCUGGAGAUGCUGUUGUUAUCGCAAAUGCCAAACCACAAGCCGAACGAGUCGUUCUUGAUGACGCUGAAGUGAGAUAUCUUAUCUAAAGUCUCGAAGUUUAUAAAAUAAUCACUGAAAUUUCAGCUCAAGUGCUCUGAAAUGGCAAGCGACAUCUACAAAUAUCUCGUGAAUCACGAGAAAAAAUACGUUCUUCAUCCAGAAUUUAUGAAUGGUGGCGAGCCAACAAGCAAAAUGCGAAAGAUUCUCAUCGAUUGGCUGUUGCAAGUUCAUCUUCGAUUCCAUUUACUUCCGGAAACUUUGCAUCUCGCUGUCUUCCUUUUGGAUCACAUGUUGGCUAAAAAAUUGGUGAAGAAAACCGAGUUGCAAUUGUUGGGUGUUUCGUGUAUGUUCGUUGCAUCCAAAUUUGAGGAAGUCUUUCUUCCGGACGUAUACGACUAUGAAUAUAUCACUGAAAAUUCAUUCAACAAGAAGCAAAUUUUACAAAUGGAACAAUUGAUUUUGAACACUAUUCAGUAGGUUUUUUUCUAAGAUAUUUAUAAAGGAAAUACAUUUUUUUUUCAGAUUCGAUUUGUCGUGUCCAUCGUCGCUUAUUUUCGCAAGAAGUAUUUCAAGACUUCUGUCUGAAGAUAAUGCUGGAAAAAUCGACGAACAAGCUUUCUUCGUUGCUUACAAUAUGAGCAAGUACAUGGGUGAAUUGGCUCUUCUCGAUUCAACAAUGUCUUCAGUUCCAAAAUCGCACAUUGCAAUGGCAUCCAUGUCAAUUUCGUUGAAAUUGUGCCCAGUUGACGGUAUCAACAACGAACAAGCCGAAAACUUGAUGAUGUAGGUUAUAAAUAUCUUUCAAGGAGGAAAUAUAUAUUUAUUUUUAGGCAAAAUAUGGAUUGCAAGAGAUCAGAAUUGGAGCACGCAUCAGUUCUAUUGGCUCAAGCGGCACUCAAAAUGCUCAAGCAAGAAAAGUUGUUUGCUUGCAAGCAAAAGUAUCAAUCUGCAAAAAUGGCACAAGUCGCCAAUUUGAUCACCACUGAAGCCAAACAGAAACUCGAAAAAAUGAGCGAAAUUUUAUAA